CGUUCUUCAAACCGAUAUUCUCGGCUCAAGUUGGUUGUUGGCUCACAAAGUCACCACAAAGUCUGUUUAGAGAGUAGGAAAAGAAAAAGGAAAGGAGAAUGAUAUACAUGCAGUCCUCUUGAACAUAUAUAUAUAUUUAAAAAUCUAAUCAGUGACAAAUAAAAACACGCAGACCACACGUUCUCAUGCUUUCUUGCUAGAAGGACCGGUUUGUCAUUUAUCCCUUUAAAAAAAAUUCGUUGUAGAAACAAAACCCAAAUUUUGUUUUGUCUAUAUGUAAAUUUUUGUUCAUCAUAAAAAUUCUCUAUUAUAAGAAACUCCAGUUCCAUUCUGAUUUCUAAUUUCUUUUUUAAGAAUCUAUGUAAUAUAGAUAUAAACACAUUAUUUUCCAUUCAUACAAUCAUCUUUAAAUUUGUCAAUUUUCUGUGCAUAAUGACAAAUAAAUUGACCUUGGACGAUUUUCCAAUUUUAAAUAGGAUAUCCAGUGUGAAAUAUAGAGACAAAGAUGUCGUACUUAGGAAAAUAAACAACAUUAUUCGUGAUGGACCUGAAAAAUUACAGGUUGUCACGGAUUUUGAUUUAACUCUGACGAAGCAACACGUUGAUGGGAAAGCUCAUUUGAGCAGUUUUGGAAUCUUCGCAAAAUGCAAACAACUCCCUCCACAGUACGCGGAAAUGGACACGCGAACCCAUAAAAAAUAUAGACCAAUAGAGACGGAUCCGCAUAUUUCAAUUAAGGAUAAGACAGCAGCCAUGGAGGAGUGGAUGGAGAUAAGCGAAGAAUUCUUAAAGGGUUACGAAUUUGAUUCCUCUGAAUUGGAGCAGGUUGCGGAAAAAUAUGGAACCGAUUUACGUGAAGGAACAAAGAAUUUAAUGGAUAAAUUAAAUUCAGCUAAAAUUCCAGUUUUGGUAUUUAGCGCCGGUCUUGGUGAUGUUGUCGAGGCAAUUUUAAGACAUAAUAACGUACUUCUGGAUAAUGUGGAGAUUAUUUCAAAUUUUCUCAAUUAUUCGGGAAAAACAUUAGACGGUUUCAAAGGGAAGAAGAUUCACGUUUUUAAUAAAAAUGAAACCGUUUUAGAAAAAGAACAUUUAAAACGAUUGGAAAAUAGGAAAAAUAUCAUAUUAAUGGGAGACAGUGUCGGUGAUACGACAAUGUGCAACGGGAUCAAAGAUGUUGACAAUGUCUUUAAAAUAGGCUUUCUUUAUCACGAAAAUAAUGAAAUUGUGGAAAAGAGUUUAAAAGAUUAUAUGGACGUUUUUGAUGUUGUUCUCAUUGACGAUCAAACAAUGGAUUUACCGUGGUCUAUACUCAAACGAAUUAUCUAAUUUUUAAAUGCGAAAUUAUCUCCCUCCUCCUACUCUAUGUUUAUAAUUCUCCUUAAUUUUGAAAUUGUUUAUUAUUUCAAACACCGAAAUUUAAAAAUUCAAAUUAUUUAAAGCGAUUCAUUGAUAUACGAUUUUAAUAAGUUUUUUCUUCUUUUAUUUCAAAUUAUUUUUUGAAACAAAAUUUUUUAGUUUAUAUGCGAAUUUUAUAAUUUGCAAGUACGCUUCAAAUAAUUGUCAUUUUGUUUAGAAAAAUAAGUUAUCGAUAAAUGGUGAUUUGUAAGAAAAUAAUUUUUUUUUAACAAUUUACCAUCACUGCCAUAAUGCGAGAUUUGAAAAAAAAAGUCCACGAAAACAAUUAAAAUUUAACAAACGUAAAAAAAUGGAAAUUAUUGCACAUUUGCAUAAAAGAAAUGAAAGCUUCUCUUCUAUUUGUUAUUUAAUUUUAUUUCCCAAUCUUUGAAGAAAAUUUCCUACAAAGCUUGAAGAAAUUUCGCACAAAAUGAAAAAAAAAAUGUUUGGAAAUUAUAUCAUUGAUUUUCUCAGAGAUAAUAAAUAUAUUUUGUGCAAAACAAAAA